GCCCUCACACAAAAGUGGUCCGUCGAAUAUUCACAAAUAGCCGUGAGAGGUGGAGGCAGCAGAAUGUCAAUGGAGCAUUUGCUGAGCUUCGCAAGCUCAUUCCAACUCAUCCACCUGACAAAAAGCUCAGCAAGAAUGAAAUAUUACGCCUGGCUAUGAAAUACAUCAACUUCUUGGCCAAACUGCUCAAUGACCAAGAAGAGGAAGGGAACCAGCGGGGUAAAGUAAACAAAGAGACUGGCAUAGUGCAAGAAGAUCUUCUUCAGGACAUGUUGUCCCCGAAUUCAAGCUGUGAAAGCUCGUUAGAUGGAGCAGGAAGUCCAGACAGUUUCACAGAGGAGCAUGAAACAUUAGAUCCUAAACACACAAGAGGUCUCCAUCAUUCCCUUCUUCCCAUCGAGAACAAUGCCCAGCGAUGAUGAACCAGCACAGGGCAUCCCAGAAUAUCUGGUAUCUGGAAUGUAUGCAUGUCCUCCCUUUCUUCUUCCUUCUUCUUUAUUUAAGACAGAACAAAUAAUGGGUACUUCCCAAGUUUCUUUUCAACUUGAACAAGUUGAUGAAGAUAAAGAAUGAGUAACCAGGU